CCCUCAAGAACUUCCGGGGCGACUUGAGCAAAGAAGAAGGACAGCGGUUUGAAAGAUGGCGGCGCACACCCAAAAGAAUAACAAGCCGGGGAAACCUGGAGGAAAAGAGGCACAGCCUCUGAUAAUCGCCAAAACUCCUGCAGAGGAACAACGUCUGAAGUUGGAGAGGUUAAUGCGGAACCCGGAUAAGCCCGCUCCCAUCCCGGACCGGCCGAAAGAAUGGAACCCGCGGGCUCCGCCGGAGUUCGUCCGAGAUGUGAUGGGCUCCAGCGCCGGUGCAGGUAGCGGGGAGUUCCACGUUUACCGGCACCUCCGACGCAGAGAGUACCAGAGGCAGGACUUUCUGGACAAGAUAGCAGAUAAGCUCGACGAGGACGACCAUUAUCUGGAAAAGGUGGAGCAAAACAAAAAGGCAGCCGAUGAAAGAACGGCGAAGCGCAGGAAGAAGCGGGAAAAGUUGAAGCAAAAAAAGGAGAUGGCCAAGAAGGCAAAGCUAGAGUCCAAAAACAAGAAGGAAGACGGCGACGGCGACGACACCGAGAAGAGCACAGACAGCAGUGAAGAAGACAAAGGGGAAAGAGAAGCUGACGAUGAUGCCGAGGCUCCUAGCUUCAUCAUGGGGAGGAAAUAAAUCGAGCAGGGUGACCUGCCAGGACUGGGCACUGGUUGUAAUGCUCCUUGGUAGCGACAAUGUGGAUAAUCGAUUAUGAAGACAUGGGGCGAGAUGGAGACCAGAAUCACAAUAACAACAACCUCCUGAAAGAAGAAAGAACAUUUAAAGAGCACUGUACAAGAGUGUGUGCUUCCUGUUUUUACUACCAGGAAAAACUUGGAUGGACUGCCUAGUUUAAUAGGCAGAAAGCCCCUCGGAGCGUAUGAUUUUUGAUCACACAAUGGUAGUCAGUGUCCCACUUGGAAAAGAGACUGUUGAGACACGAUUGAUUUUUUUUUUUUUUUUUCCAUGAUCUCAC